AUGUCACAAGAUUUGGCGAUAUCAACUGGAAUGAUUUCAAAAGGCUCUGCAGGAAAUACGUGUUGCAUGCUACCUGGUGCAGAAUUUCUGAGUCCAAAGUUUUGGAAGAGAACAGAAGCACAGUACUCUAUUUCAAGAUCCUCUUUCUGUGGGAGAACCCAAUCACUGACUGCCACCCACAGUAUGCCACAUAAAGAUGCAAAUGCAGAAAUGUUUAAGCUGGACAGUCCAAGGGAUCAGCAACAAAGUAGAGGACAAUCUGUUGCAAACCCAAUGGGAGAUAGGCGCACAAACUUAAGGGAAACUUUGAAGGCAUUCUCAAACAGAACACCACAAAAGAUAGAUCCAGAUGCUGAGAGAAUACGAGGGGGGAAUGCUGGUGUGCUUGAUGGGGCUUCACUUGCGAAGUAUCAUUUGUGUACCGGGAAUAAUUCAAUUUGCACCCAUUUUAUCCAAGAAGGAGACACCAUGAUUUUCAUGAGGAAAGCGGAAGGAAGCUUAUUUAUCUUGAUGGCUUUUUGA